AUGGCUCCUCCCGGCGCCGCGCUCCUCGGCCCGCCGCAGGCCAUCGUCGACACCGAGAUGGCCGACCGCAAGCCCGCCGCCAAGAAGCCGACGCCGACCAAGCAGGCCAAGCCGAAGCGCGCGCCCCGCGGGUACUCCUCCGACUCCUCGACAUCAUCGGACGGCUACAGCGACUCGGACGACGACGAGCCCCAGCGCAAGCCCACGGCCCAUGCCCCUGCGGCGACGGGACGCGCGCUGGCGUACGCGUCGUCGGGCGACCCCUGCGUCGACUUCUUCUUCCAGGUCGUCCCCGGCGCGACCGCGGCCGCCGACGUGGCCGCGCUGCUCGGCGUCGCGUGGGCCGCCGACGCGCGCACGGCGCUGCGGCUCGUCUGCCACCUCCGCGGCGUCCGCGGCCUCGGCAAGGCCGACCGCGAGGGCUUCUACGCCGCCGCGCUCUGGAUGCACGCCAACCACCCGCGCACCCUCGCCGCCAACCUCGGCGGCUUCGCCCGCUUCGGCUGCCUCAAGGACCUCCCCGAGAUCCUCUACCGCGUCCUCCACGGCCCCCGCGACGAGCGCAAGGACCAGGACGACGUCGCCGCGGCCGCCAUCCAGUACCGCCGCGGCGGGCCCGGGGGCAAGGGCGGCAAGCGGCGCUGCGUCGGCGGCGGCAGGGCCGCGGCCGCGGAGACCGCCAAGGCCCGGCGCGAGAAGGAGGCAGAGCACGCGCAGGCCGUGCUCGCCCGCUACGACUCCGACGAGGCCUUCCGCAAGCUCUACGACGGCGUCGCCGACCUCUUCGCCGGGCUGCUCAAGUCGGACCUGGAGCACCUGCGCGCGGGCGAGACGGCCAAGAUCGGGCUCGCCGCCAAGUGGUGCCCGUCGCUCCGCUCGUCGUACGACCGCGCGACGCUGCUCUGCGAGGCGAUCGCGCGCCGCGUCUUCCCGCGCGACUCGAGCCCCGAGUACCUCGCCAUCCCCGACAAGCACUACGCCUACCGCGUCCGCAGCCGCCUCCGCCGCGAGGUGCAGGUGCCGCUGCGCAAGGUGCUCGAGCUCCCCGAGGUCUACAUGAGCGCCCGCAAGUGGGACGAGCUGCCCUACGCGCGCGUCGCGUCCACGGCCAUGCGCCAGUACAAGGAGGCGUUCGAGAAGCACGACAAGGAGGGCGUGGCCGGCUUCUACGACGAGGUGCGCGCCGGGCUGUCCAAGAUCCCCGCCGACGCGGUGCUGCCGCACGUGAUCGUCGCCGCGGCGCUCAAGGGCGAGCACGACGAGUCGGCGGAGCUCCAGUGGCGCCACAUGGUGUCGUCCCUCGCCUCGGAGGGCCGCCUCACCAACUGCAUCGCCAUGUGCGCGCUCUCGGGCACGUCGGACAAGCCGCCCGCGGCGGCCGCCAUCGCGCUGGGGCUGCUCAUCUCGGAGCUGAGCCAGGACCCCUGGAAGGGGCGCGUCAUCACCUUCGACGCCACCCACCAGCUGCACAAGGUGCGCGGCGCGUCGCUGGUGGAGAAGCUCCGGCCGCUGGCCGCCGUGACCCCGCAGCGCGGCGCCAACCUGCAGGCGGUGUUCAACAAGAUCCUGAAGGUGGCGGUGGCGGGCGCGCUGGCCAAGGACCAGAUGGUGCGGCGCGUCUUCGUGCUGAGCGACAUGGAGUUCGACGGGUGGACGGGCGGCGAGGCGUGGGUGUCGGAGCACGAGGCCAUCCGCAAGCGGUUCGCGGCCGAGGGCUUUGCGGCGCCGGAGGUGGUGUUCUGGAACGUGGGAGGCACGUCCAAGGCGGCGUCGCCGGUGGUGGCCGCGCAGGCGGGCGUGGCGCUGGUGAGCGGCUACUCGAAGAACCUGGUGCGCCUCUUCCUGGAGGCCGACGGCGUGCUCACCCCCUCGGCCAUCAUGGCCGACGCCAUCUCCGGCCCCGAGUACGACGCCCUCGAGGUGCUCGACUGA